CAUAACGUGUGGCACCCCUCAGUAGGAAAAGGACGCUAUCCACCGCAACUAGAUGAACCAAUUAGACCAACACCACCACCACUUCACUACUAUGCCGGAAAUCCCCAUGCCGUCCGGCUCCCGGAGAAUGCCGGUGUUGGGUUUCGGCACGGCAGCAGAUCCUCCUGUGGAACCAGAAAUUAUUAAAACUGCAGUUCUGCAAGCAAUUGAGCUUGGCUACAGGCAUUUUGACACAGCUGCUUUGUACAAUUCUGAACAACCACUUGGUGAAGCCAUAAUUGAGGCAGUAAAUCGUGGGUUAAUUCAGUCUCGUGAACAACUCUUCGUCACUUCAAAGCUUUGGUGUAGCGAUGCUCAUCCUCAACAUGUUCUUCCUGCCCUCACCAAGACUCUACAGAAUCUAAAGAUGGAUUAUAUUGACUUAUAUCUAAUACACUGGCCAGUGAGUUCUAAGCCAGGAAUUCAUCAGUAUCCAAUUAAAAAAGAAGACUUUCUUCCCAUGGAUUUCAAGUCAGUUUGGGCAGCAAUGGAAGAGUGCCAGAAACUUGGACUCACUAAGUCCAUUGGAGUUAGCAACUUUUCUUGCAAGAAGCUUGCUAAUGUUCUUGCUACUGCCGAUAUUCCGCCUGCUGUUAAUCAAGUAGAAGUGAGUCCAUGUUGGCAGCAAAAGAAGCUGAGAGAAUUCUGCAAGAGAAAUGGAGUUCUCGUUGUUGGAUACAGUCAUUUAGGAUCCAUUGGUACCUUUUAUGGAACCAACAGAGUUAUGGAAUCUCAAGUGCUCAAAGAUAUAGCAAAGACCAAAAGCAAGACUGUCGCGCAGGUUGCUUUAAGAUGGGGAUAUGACCAAGGUAUUGGUGUGGUGGUGAAGAGUUAUAACAAAGAGAGAAUGAAACAGAACCUUGAGAUUUUCGACUGGUCAUUAAGCGAUGAAGAGUGCAGGAAAAUCAGUGAAAUCCCACAAAGUAGAGCUUGUCUUGGUAAGGAUUACACCUCUCCUCAUGGACCUUACAAGACAAUUGAAGAGCUCUGGGAUGAACAACUUUGAUUAUAUCAUUUUGUAGUAUCAAGCAUACUGUUCCUGUAAUUCUUCUUUACUGUAUACGGCUUCCUCCUAUUUGUGGUAGUUGUACAUUAUCAACAUAAGAUAUAAGAUGGGACAAAGAUUUGUCCAGUUCAUUGUUGUUUUA